AUGGAGGUUCAUUCAUUUAUUUUGUCAGAGUUUCGAUUAUUGGAUAUUAGAAAUUCCAAAGCUAAAUUAAUAACCCCUGAGGGAAAUAAAUCUGUAACAGUAACUUUAGGAAAUUUCAUUGGUAAAGGAGCUAUGAAUUCUGCUUUUCAUCUCAAGAUUAAAGAUGAUCCAAAAAAAUAUGUUGUAAAAGUUCCAUUAAAAUAUCGAAUGACAAGUGAAGCUAUGGUGGAAGAUUGCUCAAUAAUUAUUUUUGAAAUAGCAAAAAAAAUGGCUAACUGUUUCAAUAGUAGAGGUGUACCUAAAAAAGUUAAAAUCAAUAUCCCAUCUCUUUUAAUUCUUGAAGAUCUAAGAUUUAGGAUGGCUGUGGUUGAAGAGUUUUUAGAAGGGGAUUAUGUAAAGUAUAAUAAUAACAAAGGAUGGGUAGAUGAUAAUAGAAACACACCCAAUGCAUUCAGUCACUUUUCAUUCAUUGCAUCCAAGGGACAAAUAUUAAUCGCUGACAUCCAAGGAGUAGGACAUUAUUAUACCGAUAUUCAAAUACAUUACCAUAAUCCAGAGGAGUUUGGACAAGGUAAUCUAUCUCAUCUUGGAAUAGUUGCAUUUUUCCAAAAUCACAAAUGCAAUCCAAUCUGUGAACAAUUGGGAAUAGCCACCGAGGUAAAAAUUAAAACUGGUACUUACCCAAAAGGUUUCUACUAA